ACAUCAUGGCCUCUGUCUUGCUGAAGCACCUGGCUGCCUCUCUGACACGGCAAGCGGCCCAGUUGAGCCGUUUAACUCCCACCUUCUCCACGCCAUCAGGAAGUGCGUACAGAUGUCUCUGCUCACUCACUGCUGCCCCUCGCUCGCUCCUCCUGUCCACAGCCAGGCUCAACUUCAUCGUCUCCGCUCAGCGUGGACCGUCCCCGUCGGGUCAGCGUCAGCCUCUUCCCUGCGUCCAGCCCUCUGCAGGAAUGAAAACCAGGUCAUCUCUGAAGAGGCGCUGCAAAGACUGUUUCUUCGUUCGAAGGAGGGGACGCUUGUUCGUGUACUGCAAGACAAAUCCCAGGCACAAGCAGAGGCAGGGCUGAGCUGUUGGAGGGUUGAGAAAUGUGCUGUGGAAUUGUUGGUAUUUACAAAAACUGUGCAAUCAUAAUAAAUUGCCUGCUGUAAAGACAAA